UUCACUAGACGUCUAGUCUCUCUGUUGGGGUGCACACGGAUUGACCACUCCUUUGGACUUUUCUUUUUUUCCUUGGAUAAUUGGGGAGUAAAAGCUAAUCCACAAACAUGACUGACGCGCAACAAGAGGCCCGCGGCUACCUGAGCGAGGAAAUGCUGGCUGAGUUCAAAGCCGCCUUCGACAUGUUUGACACCGAUGGUGGCGGAGACAUCAGCACCAAGGAGUUGGGUCAAGUGAUGAGGAUGCUGGGCCAGAACCCAACAAGAGAGGAGUUGGAUGAGAUCAUCGAGGAGGUCGAUGAGGACGGUAGCGGUACCAUUGACUUCGAGGAGUUCUUGGUCAUGAUGGUGAGGCUGCUAAAGGAGGACCAGGCCGGCAAGAGCGAGGAAGAGUUGGCAGAGUGCUUCCGUAUCUUUGACAAGAACGGCGACGGCUACAUCGACAGAGAGGAGUUCGCUCUCAUCAUCCGCAGCACCGGCGAGCCCAUCUCAGAGGAUGAAGUCGAUGAGCUGAUGAGGGAUGGAGACAAAAACACCGACGGCAUGCUGGACUUUGACGAAUUCCUCAAGAUGAUGGAGAAUGUGCAGUAAAACUGGAAAGACUCAUGGACAUUCCUCCUCCUCCCUGUGAACCCCCAUUCUGAACGCAUCUGACCCCCACUUACACACCCCCACGCACUCCCUCUCCUCCCUACUCUCCAUCUGGUUCACUGCCUCUCUUCUCCAUCCUUAAAGCCAGCCUCAACAGACAGCUAGGGCACUCGGCGGAGGGGGGGCCCUGGGGCGGGUACCCUCUUCCCCGGCUCACUUGUGAAUGCAGAAGGAUGCUGCGCUGACGCCUCACCCUGUGACAGGACGGCACGGCUGUAGUGCAGAAAUUUGCUGCACACACCUUUUGCAUGCGUUGACAGUUGCGUGUCAUAAGUGCCCCCCUCCCGCACCUGCUGGAAAAGCUCGGGUCUACUUAGAGAUCUAGAUAGAAAUGCAGCAUUCUACCUACUCCUUAGACCAACGAAUCCAACAACGUCACUGUGCAAAGAAGUAAAGUGCUUGAACAGAAUAAAUGAGUUAACACACAUGCUCACUUGUAGUUGGCUGUCAUAUUUAUGGUCUGUGUAAAAAAAUGUUUUGAGGAAAAUCAAUAAAAUCUGUCUGUUUCUU